AUGGGGAGGUCUGACCCGGAGGAGGGCCAGCUGCCAGCUUCGGUGAAGCCCCCAGAUGGUGGCUGGGGCUGGAUAGUGCUGCUGGGCUGCUUUGUGAUCACCGGCUUCUCCUACGCCUUUCCUAAGGCCGUGAGCGUCUACUUCAAGGAGCUGAUGCAUGACUUCCACGUGGGCUACAGCGACACAGCUUGGAUCUCGUCCAUCAUGCUGGCCAUGCUGUAUGGCACGGGGCCUGUGAGCAGCAUCAUGGUGAACCAGUUUGGGUGCCGGCCUGUGAUGCUUGUCGGUGGGCUCCUGGCAUCUUCCGGUAUGAUCCUAGCCUCCUUCACCACCAACAUUAUUGAGCUGUACCUGACAGCUGGCAUGCUGACAGGUCUAGGAAUGGCUCUGAACUUCCAGCCCUCCCUGAUCAUGCUGGGCACCUACUUUGACAAACGUAGACCUCUGGCCAAUGGGCUUGCUGCAGCUGGGAGCCCUGUCUUCCUCUCUGCCCUCUCUCCGCUGGGGCAGGUCUUGCUUGAGAAGUUUGGCUGGCGAGGAGGAUUCCUCAUCAUGGGGGGUUUGCUGCUCAAUUGCUGCACCUGUGGAGCAGUCAUGAGGCCUCUCGAGGCAGGCAUGAAGCGGAAGAUGGAGAGAGUUCAGGACAAAUAUGAAGCCAAGGAGAUGCUGCCCAUUGGGGAAAGGGCAGAGGAGGCCAUAAGCACCAUUGAGGGAGCCAAAAAAUCAAAGAAAACCAAGAAGCAGCAGCAGCCCAGGAAAGGGAAGAAGCUAUUGGAUUUUUCUAUCUUCUCCAACCGGGGGUUUGUCAUUUACUCCAUUGCUAAGUUCAUCAUGGUCUUGGGUCUCUUUGUGCCCCCCAUAUUGCUGGUCAACUAUGCCAAAGACAUAGGAGUGCCAGACACAGAAGCUGCCUUCCUGCUGUCCAUCAUUGGCUUCAUAGACAUCUUUGCCCGCCCUUCCUGUGGGAUGCUAGCCGGGAUGAAGUGGAUGCGUCCCCAUGUCGCCUACUUAUUCAGCUUUGCUAUGCUCUUCAAUGGCCUGACAGACAUCUGCAGCGCCAGGGCUAACACCUACACAACACUGGUCAUCUUCUGUAUCUUCUUUGGCAUCUCCUACGGCAUGGUGGGUGCAUUGCAGUUUGAGGUGCUCAUGGCCAUUGUUGGAUCCCAGAAGUUCUCCAGUGCCAUUGGGCUGGUCCUGCUCAUCGAAGCCAUUGCUGUGCUCAUUGGGCCACCCUCAGCAGGACGCUUGGUGGAUGCAUUCAAGAACUACGCAAUCAUCUUCUACCUGGCUGGCUCAGAGGUUGUACUCUCCUCCCUCUUCCUGGCCAUGGCCACCUACUGCUGCCUGAAUCAGGGGAAGAAGACACCCCAGCCAGAGAAGACCCCUUCGGUAGGGGGUGGCAGUGAUACCGAAGAGGCAGAGUCAGAUGCGCAGGAAGUGGAGGAUCAUGCUGGUGACAACCACCACCUGUCCCACAGCACCAACACUGCUGUCGUCAUGGACAGCGAUGCGGUGAACCACGUAGCAGAGGACCAUAGUGCAGAUGGGGCCGAGCAGCCUGCGGAUGAGGGGGCAGUGCCAGUCCCAGGUGAAUGCAACUCUGGCCAGACAGUGGAGAGAGAGAGAUUUUAG